AGUUCGGUUCCGUCCCUAAAGCGUUGUCGCCCGGAAUCUGUCGGGGAAGAGUCGCCCUCCAAACUGCGUGCGGUGGCAUUGAGUCAGCCUUCCCUCUGCAUUUGUGGCUCCAGCCAAGUCAGAUGGAGAAUUCGGACGACAGGACCGAGGUGGUGCUCCUGGCCUGCGGGUCCUUCAACCCCAUCACCAACCAGCACCUCCGACUCUUUGAACUGGCAAGAGACCACCUGCAUGAAACAGGGAGAUACAAAGUGGUGAAAGGGAUCGUUUCACCUGUGGGUGAUGCGUACAAGAAGAAAGGCCUCAUCAGCGCUAAGCACCGGGUGACUAUGGCGAGGCUCGCAACGGAGAGCUCCGACUGGGUGGAAGUGGAUGACUGGGAGAGCAACCAAAAAGAGUGGCAAGAGACCAUCAAAGUCCUCAGGUAUCACCAGCAGAAACUGAAACGUUCAUGUCUUGCUAACAGCUUUGAUGAAGUAGCUCCUUUGAGCAAAACGGGGCGGAAGAGAAAACGGGAAUCGGGCAGGCAAGUCCCCGCCAGCCGGAAUCAACCCAUAACAAAAGGUGUCCCCCCUCGGCUGAAGUUGCUCUGUGGGACAGACAUCUUGGAGUCCUUUGCAGUCCCCAACCUCUGGAAAGCAGAAGACAUCGCAGAAAUCGUGGCCAACCACGGCAUGGUGUGCAUUAGCAGGGUGGGGAACGACGCCCAGAAAUUCAUCUAUGAAUCCGAGGUGCUAUGGAAGCACAAGGAGAGCAUCCACAUAGUGCAGGAGUGGAUUGUCAAUGACAUCUCUGCCACCAAGAUCCGGAGAGCCUUGCGGAGGGGCCAGAGCAUCCGAUACCUGGUGCCAGACGCAGUUCGAGCUUACAUCAAGCAGCACGACCUGUACACUGCAGAGAGCGAAGAUCAGAAUUCAGGAGUCAUCCUCGCUCCGUUUCAGAGAUACACGAGGGAGGCCAAAAAUAAUUGAAGGUGGCCGGGCUGGUCCAUAUGGGUAGGUGGGGCGCUGCCUGCCAGCUUCAGUCUUGAUUCCUCCAAGCUCCUCUUUGCUGUACACUCUUAGAGAGAGUUCCUGGCUAUCACAUUCCUCCUCUUUAGUCUCAGUGGUGCCCCUUGUAGAAGACAACAGCAAGGAGGGUGAAGGCAACAUUGGGGUGAGUUGACUCUGUCUGUCAUUGGCUCUGGCUCAGCCUAUCAUUGGCUCUGGCUCCACUCACCGCUGGGCUCCCUACCUUACGCCCCACCAGUCCCAAUUGGCAACCAGCUCCCACUGAAUUUGAACAGUCCAUCUUUAGAUGGGAAAGGGAGGGAGGGAGGGCUGGGGCAACCUUUGAGAGUUUUAUCAGCUUAGAGUUUUAUUAGUGUGUUUAUCAGCAUUGUCACAGUCCCCAAAGCCAUCCCCUUGCAUGCCAGGGACUGGGGUCUUAUGUAGAGUUGCCAGCUGACGUGUCAAAAUCACACACACACACUUUCUCAGCUUUUCUCAGCAUCUUCGUCGGUGGAAACCAGCAAGUGAUUUUUUUCAUAGCACAAUUGCCUGAGAGUGCCUGUGGGUUGAGCUGAUGUUGAGGGCACAGGAUCUGGCUGCUGGUCGAGAAGUUGCAAUUAUGUGAACCUGAAUCCGAAGCAUUGCAGAGUCUUCUACUUAUACACACAAACAACAGGCCUGAUUGUAAUGCACCAGCGCUUCUCUUCUUUAGGACAGGCCUGCAGAACUUUGUGCACUGAGGUUGGACAGAACCCUUCUGUUCUUUGCUGUCCCAGGCAGGCAGCAAGACUGGGAGGUUUCUUCAGCCCACCGUGAGCCAGUAUAUAUGACACACUGUGUAUCACCUUCAGCUGGGUGGACCAGGAGUUAUUCAGGCCUGUCCUGCUGUCCCCUUGAGCUGCUAAGCACCAUUAUGCAGCCUUUGGCCUCCCCCAGAGGUAAAGUCUGCAGAACAACUGUGACUAAAGGGUGGAAUGGACACACCCACUUCUGGUUGAAAUCUGGCAUCUUGGCAACAAGAGUUGAAUGCUUGCUUUAUUACUUUGAAUUUCAUUGAUUCUAAGAAUAUGUGAUUGACUACUCUUCCAGUGUGCAAACUGGUCAUAUAGCCCUUGUCCACUCUAAUGCUACCUAGAAUUUGAAGUGCCUUGCAGGUUCACCAGCUCCUACAUUCACAGAGUGGCCUUCUCCUCCUCUUGUUCGUUUUACCCCUGCACCUCCUUUCCCAACUGUGUUUUGCAGGUAACAAUGAUGACUAUGAACUGAAUGUAUCACACUGAACCUGGUGGUCAGAAUUACAUUUCCAGCAGUUUUAAUCCUAACCAUGGUUAGCUCAAACCAGAGUUUGAACACCCAGUUCCAACCUAGCUGCAGUCUCUGAAUUGCAGGUGGCUAUGGUAAGCUUUAAGAUCAAUGCACAGGUAACUAUGGCCAGCUCCCAAAGGAAACAGAUAAGGGAAUAUGCGCCCAACAGAGGAGGAAGAGCAGGAACCAAUAGGAGGUUUUCAGUCUCCUCUCCAGUUUUCCUCUACAUGAAUGCAUAUUGGAGAAUGCUUUUCACAGAAAGACUGCAUGCCUUUGAAUCUUUUAGCUCUGUUGGUUCAGAACCGCCAACAGAAAAGAAAAGAAAAAUCAACAAAGCUUUGGUCCUCUUAAACUUCCAAAAGAGAUUGCACCAGAUGCUGCAGCAUAUAUCACCGCCACCCUGAGGUGAUGUUAUUAAAUGAUACUGGGAUUUGCAUGAAGAAAGAAUAUAGAAUAUUAGUGAGUAAUUUAAUUUAGCAGGAGCAAGAAUGUUCCGUGUAAAAACAAGAGAAGAAGAAGAACAGGAAAAGGAAAAACUGUGACAACGUGUUAGCAACCUGCAAUUAUUGCAGUUCAGCAAAGCAAUCACAAGGCGAUAAUGCAUUUAUUGUAUGUUAUAUUUUGUAAGAUUGGGGAGAAUUAUCGCAUACUAGAGAAAGAACAACGCCCAAGAAAACCUACAAAGGUUACCAGUGUUGUUAUGUUUCACAUAAUGGGUGUAACAGAUGAGGAUUUGUCUUUAUUCAGUUACUGAAUGUUCUUGUAUAUAACAUACAUGCACACACAAAUACCCUUUUCAAUUUUUGGUGACUUUCUUGUUUACAAUUAUUAUUUUUUUAAAUGAAUAAUUAACAGGAACAGAACAGGGUCAAGAGUUUUUUGUUUACAGUCAACUUUCAUUGCGAAAUCGCACUUUGCCCUCCCCACAGCUGCACAACCAACCCUUUAAAAUCAUAAUGCUGUAGUUUGAGAGCGUUUGUGUGUGUGCCCCUGCACUUAACCUCUGCAACGCUAGAGAGGCGCUGUGCAUGAGCCAGGAGAUCAACAUGUGAUACUUUGAUAACUUCCUUACUCGACAAGUUUAGAAUAUUACAAUAAAAUCAGUAUGACAAAAUCAGUUCACAAGCUGAGCGUGUUCCUUUUGCACUGGGAUGGAGGACAUUUCUCUGCAGAGCCUUCUGGGCAAUUUUUCGGGGGCCGCAUGCCAGUGGUGGACAAAGUAACAAAUAUAAAUUUUACCUUUGUACAGGGGGCUAGUUUCUACGCCCACCCACACCAUGGCUUCUCCAUGCUCCCAUCAAGGCAAGGCAGGAGCAUGAUCAGAGCUGAAGGACAUAGUCCAGCCAGGCAGAAAUGCACGAGGAGGGGGCGAGGGAAGAACAAUGAGAGGCGUGGCCUGGGGGAAGGUGUGGCCUGUCAAUAAUCCCAAGGGGCAGAUAGGACUGGAGGGCUGCAUUUGACACCUGGAUCUAAGAAAAAAGCUUUUUCCCUUGUCAGAGAAACUCACCAAAUCAGCUCAGCCAAGCAAGACUAUGGGUUAUGUUUGGCUAAUGGAUAUUGCCACUUGAAUUUUCAACAAAUCCGAAGUAUAUAUUAGAGGGACGAAGAACCAUUUUUCAGCACAACCUCCCAUGGCCACGUUCCGGUGGUGCAUUGGGACAAAGGCAAAAGUGGGUGAAUCAUAGACUCAAGGGUCAUUUACUCCAAUCCCCUGCAAUGCAGGAAUCUCAACACUCAGUUCCCCUGUCCAAUUUGAAGCCACGCCAGACCAUGCUUAGCUCUGCAAAUGUGCUAGCAGUUUUAUUGCUACACUACUAGGAGAACUGAAUAGUGUUACCUUUGUACCGGAAGCUAGUUCCCAUAUGCACUGACAUCCCACACUCUACACACACACAUCUAGGCAUGCAAGAGGCACCACAGCCCAUAACGGGUGUAUGUGUAAGCGAGUGCACGGACUAUUUUGAUUAAAAAUCAAGUCUGUUCCCUUUUUAUUAUCCCAUGAGGUAGAGAACAAUGGUGCACGAAGGACAGGAAGGUGACUCUGGUAUUGCAAUCCCAGAUGGCCUCGUAACUUGGAGAGACUUGCGAGGACCAGAAAUGUGGUCAGAGUUCGAGGUCUUUGUUAUGACCGCAACCUACUUCUGCAGAGGUUGCUAAAUUGUUAAGGGCACCAGGGUGUUUGCCCACUCAAAAUAGUCUGAUUAACUUGAGUUUUAUGCGCCCCCAUUUAUAUAUAAAAAACUUUGGCUGAAGCGUUUUGCAGAGCAAAGGUAGCACAUGAGAGUUUCUUCAUCCUGUUAUCUGCUUCAUCUUAUCUAAACCUAAGAACAGCCAAGUUGCUGGAUCAGGCCAAAGGCAUGCUCUUUUCACAGUGGCCAGCCAUGUGCCUCUGGGAAUCCUGCAAGCAGCACUUGAGCGCAACAGUACUCUCUCCACAUGUGGGGCAUCUGCUUAUGUUCACAUUUAUAGUACACAAACUGUGCAAUGCACAGACUGAAGGGCCUCUGUCACUACCACUGGGUAGUUGCAGCUGUUCUUCCCAAUUAAAUGGGUCUUAGAUCCAGGUGAGACAUAAGUAAGUUACUUCUGCAUAUGGGGCACAAUCAGCUUGUGGAACUCACUGCCACAAGGUGUGGCGGCAGACCCUAACACUGCUCAGAAGUAGACCCACUGAAAUUGAUGACCAUGGCUAACAUAGGCCCAUUCAUUUCCAUUGGUAGGACCUGAUUGGAUACAACCUUAUUAGUCUUUAUGUGGAGCUUCCAUCUUGUGAGGCAGUCUACCUUUAAUUGUUAUUACUCUGUUAUUAAUCAGUACAUGGAUAGCUCCAUUGGUUAGAUCAUGGUGCCGAUAAUGCCAAAGUUGCAGGUUCAGUCCUUGUAAGGGACAGCUGCAUAUUUCUGCACUGCAGGAGGGGUUGGACUAGAUCAGGCAUCCCCAGACUUCAGGUCUCCAGAUGUUUUGGACUACAAUUCCCAUCAUCCCUGACCACUGGUCCUGUUAGCUAGGGAUCAUGGGAGUUGUAGGCCAAAACAUCUGGAGGGCUGCAGUUUGGGGAUGCCUGGACUAGAUGAUCCUCAGAAUCCCUUCCAUCUCUUACUGGAGGUUUUUUAAAAAGUUGGAAGGGAUUCUGAGGAUCAUCUAGUCCAGAUUUUUUUUUAAGUUGCUUUGCAUACAGUUCUGUAGCAGAGAAGGGAAACAGCAAAGGCCUCUUUUCUGGCCUCCCAUAAGCAUCUGACUGGCAACUGCUGGAAAGGAAAUCUUGGUUUAGACUAAGGCCUUCCAGAUUUUACUUUCUUGGGCUCCUUGAUCACUGCAGGUGGUGACAGCAGUCACGAAAUUAAAAGACGCCUGCUUCUUGGGAGAAAAGCAAUGACAAACCUAGACAGCAUCUUAAAAAGCAGAGACAUCACCUUGCCGACAAAAGUUAAAGCUAUGGUUUUCCCAGUAGUGAUGUAUGGAAGUGAGAGCCGGACCAUAAAGAAGGCUGAUCGCCGAAGAAUUGAUGCUUUUGAAUUAUGGUGCUGGAGGAGACUCUUGAGAGUCCCAUGGACUGCAAGAAGAUCAAACCUAUCCAUUCUUCAGGAAAUCAGCCCUGAGUGCUCACUGGAAGGACAGAUCGUGAAGCUGAGGCUCCAAUACUUUGGCCACCUCAUGAGAAUAGAAGACUCCCUGGAAAAGACCCUGAUGUUGGGAAAGAUGGAGGGCACUAGGAGAAGGGGACGACAGAGGACGAGAUGGUUGGACAGUGUUCUCAAAGCUACGAACAUGAGUUUGACCAAACUGCGGGAGCCAGUGGAACACAGGAGUGCCUGGCGU